AGUUGAUGAAAAGGCACACAUUUUGGUGUAACCUUUGACCCACCUUCACGCAAGCUCCCGGAUGUGCGUCCUCUUCGUGGCAAUCUGUCUGGCGGAAAGAUGACGAGAGGCACUACCCUUUUGGUGUUCUUCGCCCUGACUGUGGUCGGGCAGGCGCUGACUCCCACCACCGUGCUGACCGGCGUGGACCAGGCGCGGCUCAAGGCCGUGUUCGAGAACGCCCGGCCCUUCACGGACCUCGCCAGCGCCCACUACUCCAUCCUGGGCCUGAAGCUGCUGGGAGCCCAGAUUCCCAACACACAGAUGGUGAGGGUAGAAGGAGAAUGUUGUCAGUAUGAAAGAGUGGAGGAUAACUGCAACUAUGUAAAGUCAGCAGUGGACUACCAGAGCCCAGAGUCUCUGUACUAUGCCUCUUCUGCCACUAAGGCUCUGGGCAACUGUCAGUUGUCCAGCAGCAGUGCCCAGAACACACUCCAGGCUGCCAUCAAGGAUGGAGUGGACGUUCCCACCCUGUUCUUCGUGGUGUCUGCCCUCAUCAACCUGGGGCUACCAGUGAACUCCAAUGAGGUGGUCAAUGCCUUGACUGAAGCGCUGAAAACUGAUGACAGCAUACUAAGUGGAAGCAUGGCCCUACACAUUGCAGCUCAGCUGUCUAAAGAUGCAGACGUCAAAGUUAUAUUUGAAAGUAUAGAGGACCUUGUAGCACAAGCGGAUGAGGUUGGCGAAAAAUACCUCCAGUUUGAGGGUGAUCUGGGACUAACGUCGUUUUUCGUGGUCGGAGCAUACAGACUGGCCGGACAUCAAAACAAAGCACCUCUGAUCAUGGAGGAUCAGUCAGUGAAGUUUGCCAACUACCUUCUGAGUCGAAAACACGUGCAAAGUCCGAAGAACGCGUAUGAUGUAGUCGCAGGACUCUCAACCCUCGCCAACAACAAAUACCACAUUCCAGUGUGCAUCACUCGUCAAAGCUCCAUGACUGUGUCCAGUGUUCAGUCCAAGGUUCAGGUUCGUGUCAGUAACGUGAUGAGCGGUGCCCUGGGGAAACUGACGGUGAAGGCCGACUCUGCGGAGAGGAAGGAAGACGGCGCCGUCGUCUUGAGCAACUCCGCGCUCGCUGCAAACCCCAGGGACAACACCCUGUAUGAGCUGGACUUCCUGAAGACCAAGGCUGGACGUGGAUUUUACACCAUUGAGUUCAGCGUGACUGCUGACAAGCCUGAUAGCAGGCUUAUCGGGCUGUCUGGUGCUCAGGUGGAGGUGAAGGUGGUGACCACUGUCAGUGUGGAGGAAGUGGAGCUGGCCUUGGAGGAUAAGGACCAGUCCACCCCUCCUAGAGUCACCAAGGUGCAGUACCCCCAGAAGACGGGGUCUAACCUGGCUGGUGACCACCACCAGAACCUUGUCAUGAAGUUCCUACUGAAGGACAAGGCAGACAACUCAGCCAUGGAGGCACACCAGGCCUUCGUGCGUCUGACCAACAAGAGGACAAAGCAAGAGGUCAUCUUUGUAGCUGAGGCUGACGACGACCACCUCUACAAGUUUGAGCUGGAUAUUGGUGCCAGUGCUAAGGAACAUUUCAACUCCCUGAGUGGCCUGUAUGCCAUGGACUUGGUGGUCGGAGACGCUCUUAUCCAGAACCCCUUCGCAUGGAAUGUGGCUGACCUGCAGUUGAAGUUCCCUGAAGACUCGGCAACCUCGGAAGAGAAGCCAAACCUGUAUCAACCACGGGAAGAGAUCCAGCACAUGUUCCGUGAGCCAGAGAAACGCCCACCUGCCACGGUGUCCACCACCUUCACCGCCCUGGUGCUGCUGCCUGUCCUCAUCCUGCUGGGCCUGUGGAUCAAACUCGGAGUCAACAUCGCCAACUUCCCUCUUUCCCUGUCUGCUAUCAGUUUCCACAUCGGACUGGGAAGCAUUCUGGUGCUGUAUUACCUCUUCUUUGUACAACUGAACAUGUUUGACACCCUGAAGUACCUGGCCAUCCUGGGCACCCUGACCUUCCUGGCUGGCAACAGGCUACUGGGGUCCAUCGCUAACAAAAGGAAAAAAUGAAGAGCCAAGACGCCACUACACAAGUUGCUGCAGUUCACAUGGCUGGAACAGAGUCUUUUCCCUUCAUGUACCACUUAGUUGUUCAUAGUUACACCUACAAACAUAGAAAUCUAAACACACUUGCAUUAUGAAAAGACUGUCUGGGUAGCAAAAAUUAGGAAAAAGCAGUGAUAUGUAAAAAAUUAACGUAAAAUUGUAUCUUUGUGAUUUUGAGAAGUGCAAAAGAACACCACAAAGACCCAAUUGUGUAGAAAUGAUAAGUAGUUCUUUUAAGAGAGUUGUACUGAUUUUCUUACUGUAGUUGUUACAUAAAGUAGUUCACAAAAUGGACUCAAAUGAGUAUUUAAAAUUAGUGUUUGUGCUUUUGGCAAUAUUCCAUUUGCAUAAUCUAAGGUCUGAUAGUGCAACUUGAUCAAGUGUUGUAUGUGAUUUUUACAUUAAUAUCUAUGCAAAGAAAUUAUGCAUAUGGUUAUGUAGGUGUGUAGAAAUGUUGUCUGAAGGUCCUUGGAAGAAAUAUCAAGAUUUCUUAUUCUGAAAUAUGCUGUACUUUACAAGGUCAUACAUGUGUAAGGGGGAGGGGGGCAUACAUUAGUUGCAGAAGUGAUGCAUGAUGGGAAAUGGACUUUGUCUCUGGCCACUACAAUAAUGUACCAUAAUUUUGGCAGCUUGAGAAAAAAUAGAAGCUUUGUUGACUUUUGGUUGCAAGCAAAGCUGAAUGUCAAAGAAAAUUAUGAAAAGUAGUACUGCAUGGAUGAUUCUUUUUACUGCACUUCGAUGUUUUUGUACCCAGAGUAUGUCAAAAACACCAGAAAUAAAGGUAUGGAUCUUGGCCAGACA